AUGGUAAAACAAAGGAAACCAACCAAAGUUAAUAAUAACAAUAACAGCAAUAACAGCAAUAGCAGCAAUAGUAAAAUAAAUAAUGAAGAAAAUGAAAAUUUAAAUGUAAAUAACAAAAAUGAAAUUUUUCAAAAUAUAGAUAAUAUUUUUAAAGAGUUUGAGGCUGAACAAGUGGAGCAGCCAAGACCCUAUAAUCGAUUUUGGGAUCACCCAGUUACAAAAAAAGUUAUUAGAGUUUUAGAGUAUAUAUUUUGGCUUUCUUUUGGUUCAAUCACAGCGUAUAAAACAGAUUUGAUUAAUGUUAUUUUAUAUAGUAGCGAUGUAAAUAGAUUUUAUUUUAAUAUUAGUAUUCUUGGUUUAGUCGGAUUUAUAAUAUUAUAUGUUUAUUGUGCCUAUUUUUCCAAAGUUGAAGAUAAAAGAGCUAAUACCGAUUGGGAAAAACUUCAUCCAUUAGUAAUUCCAGCUGCUACAAUUUGUUUAGUAAUAUUUACAAUUUGUGCAAUAAUUGGUUUUUGGAACGUUUGGGGAUUUUUAACUCCGAUAUUUUUAUUAAUUUAUUUCUGUUCAAUUUCAUAUCUUAUUUAA